CCGAAUCAGCCGAUCAGAAUCAGCCAGCCGCUCACUGGUGGCGCUUGUCAUUCUUAUUGAGCAUGCCAGUGUAUCGCGCUGUAGACUGAAGUACAGGCGAUUGCUUGCUGGUUGUGGGUAUCAUUCAAAAAGAGAGGGCAUGGCAGGGAAGCGGUGAAUGAUAAGCGCGCCUAGUGCUUUGUAGAGCUUGCCAGGUGUAGAGGAGAAGAGAGGAAGAGAGAGAAGAAGAAGGAGAGGACUGCGUGAGAUCUCCUUGCGGGCGAGAGUAGUGCGCCGAGCGCUUUGUAGAGCUUGCCAGGUGCACAGGAGAAGAGAGGAAGAGAGAGAAGAAGAAGGAGAGGACUGCGUGACACCUCGUAGCGGGUGUUGCUACCGCGCCACGAGAGGAGUCGAUCCUGUGGUGAUCGCUGAGGUUUCUUUCUCGUGCAGUUUUUGUUUCAGAGACAGAGGAACACAUAGGAGGAAGCAAGACGAAGACGACGCCGGUCCAGGCCUGGAGGAUGGCUAUGGCGGUACGGGCAACAGCGGCGGGGCGGAGAAUGGCGGCGUUGCUGCUCAUCGCGGCUGCGCUUCUGGGAGCAAGUGUAUGUGCGCAAGAUGUUCCGCCCGAAGCCCGGAUCCAAGCCUUCACGUACAAUGGCGCGGGCUGUCCCACGGGUACCGCUAAGGGAGAUAUCAGCCUGGACGGACAGGUGCUUACGCUGAAGUUCAGCGAGUUCGGCGUCGCGACAGACCAGCAGCUCGUUGGUAAACGCAAGGCCUGCCAGAUCAACAUCAAGGUUAAUAUUCCGGCUGGCUGGAAGUACCGCUUGGACACGGUCAGACUCCGGGGCUACACAGGACUCGAUGCUACGGUAAAAGGCUUCCACAAGGUGUUAUAUUACUUCACGGGGCAGCAGGGAAGCAGUUCGUACUCUAUCGAGACGCCAGGGCCGGUGGACGACAACUACGAAUAUUCGGGUGCCUUCGACAGUGAGCUUUACAGCGAUUGCGGCGCAAGCAGAAACCUCAAUUUCAAGAUCGAGGUUCGGGUCAACAAUGACGCCGAUCCUGCCGCACAAGGAAUGAUCGACGUGGAUACGGCGGACUCUCAAGUUACUUUCUUGCCCUCGCAAGUGCUUUACUCGAUCAUAUUCGCGCCGUGUUAGAGAGCUUCACGUCACGCGAGCCGAACCGGCGCUUAUCUCGAACAGAGGGGGAACAAAGCUGCUUGCCUUGUCUACGCAGGUGGCCACCUACAGACAGAAACGAGAAGAGAGCGCAMAAGUGAGARAGGAGACGCGAUUCCCUUUUCAAGGUCGAAUUCAAGCAGUGGUGGCCUUUCUUGCACAGGCGAUAAUCGCUCAGAGARGGRAACAAAGCUGCUUGCCUUGUGUGCGCAGCUGGCCACCUACGGAUAAAAAUCGAGGAGAGAGCGCAGAAGUGAGAGAGGUGAUGAGAUCUUGUGUGUGGUGGUCGAUCUUUCUGAUGAAGAUAGGGGGUUGAGAAUCUCGGAUGUCCAGUGUACAGAUCAACUGAGGAGAGGAGAGAGCUGAAAAUUGAGUAAGAUCAGAAUCAUUAGAUGAAACUCUGUGAAUAGGUCUGUCUGAUAGAGCUAGGUGGCUGGAAAGUUUACGGUUCGUCAUUUGCUCAGUUAGAUAACGACGAAGACAGGUUUCUAGCCUGGGUUCGAUGAGCCCUUUUUUCAGGCUUCAAGACUAGUGACGCCUAGGGAAUAGCGGACAGAGCAUCACGCUGAGCACUUGAUUUCAUCGGUCACCAUCUGAUUGACGCGUAAGGUUCUAACAAUGCCAAUUCAUGGGUUUUCUCUGUCGUUUCUUCGCGGAUCCCAUGGAGGAUGCUUACCAGAAAGAACGUGAGAUUGGCAGAUAAUCCUUGGUUUAGACUUA